CGGCGCUAUUUGGAAGAGCAGCCUGGCUCCGCCUCUCCCUUUCAGUUCCGCUCUCUCCGAUGUCCGGCAAGGCGCGGGGCGGAGUCUUAGGCCCGAGCCAAGAUGGCGGCUGGGAGACCAGCCCUUACGGACUCGCUCUCGUUUUGCCUCGCGCAACUCACGGCGGCAGCCGGGGAGGGGCCAGGUCGGGGAAAGGACCCAGCUACCAACGAGACACCCCUGGGCCGCGCGCUCUUAGCGCUCCGCACGCGCCACAUCAAGGCAGCAGAGGGAAUUGAGCGCUUCCGGGCACGCGGCGGGCUCCGCCCCCUUCUUGCGCUGCUACGGCGAACAGCUGCUUCGGGUCCCGCCCCGUCCCAAGCAGGCCCUGGCUCCGCCCCCUCGGUGGUUGCGUCAUCUGGUUCGUCCCCUGGCCCCGCCCCCGCUGCGGAAUCGCCUUUGCCGCCUUCGUCGCCAAUGCGCUUGCGCAAGACGCUGGACUUGGCGCUCAGCAUUCUGGCCAACUGCUGUACAGAAGGGGCGUGCCGGGCUGAAGUGCGUAGACUUGGAGGCAUUUUGUCUUUAGUGACCAUUCUUCAAUGUGUGAAGACAGACAGCAUCCAGAACCGAACAGCUCGUGCUCUGGGCAACUUGGCCAUGGAACCUGAGAGCUGCAGGGACAUCCACUCUGCUGGUGCUGUUCCCUUGCUUGUUGAGAGUCUGACAGCCUGCCAGGACUCACAGUGCCUACAGAGUGUAGUGCGUGCCCUCCGCAACUUGGCAGAUUCACCCCAGCACCGCCUAGCCCUGGCACAGCAGGGAGCAGUGCGUCCACUGGCAGAGCUCCUGGCUGCUGCCCCAGACCCUGCAUUGACCUCUGCUCUAGUUCGUGCCCUCUUGGAACUCAGCCGAGGCUGUUCCCGGGCCUGUGCUGAGCAGCUAAGUCUGGGUGGGGGACUUGGCCCACUUGUCAGCCUGGCUUCUCACCCCAAACGGGCAAUACGUGAGGCAGCCAUCUUGAUCCUUGCCAACCUCUGUGCUCAGGGCCUAGUGCGGCCUGCACUGGGCAAUGCUGGUGGUGUUGAGGUGUUAUUAGGUGAGCUUAGGCGGCGACGGGGUCCCAGUGGGAGCAGCCCAGCUUCCCAGCAACCCCUGGUUCGGGCUGUGUGCCUCCUGUGCCGAGAGGCCAUCAAUAGAGCCCGGCUGCGGGAUGCUGGUGGUUUGGAAUUGCUGAUGGGUCUGUUGCGGGACCCUGGUGCCAGUGCCUGGCAUCCGCGUGUUGUGGCUGCUCUUGUGGGCUUCCUUUAUGAUACUGGGGCCUUGGGCAGGCUACAGGCUCUGGGACUUGUACCUCUUCUGGCUGGGCAGCUAUGUGGUGAAGCUGGCGAAGAAGAAGAAGAAGGAGUAGAGGCUGCUUCCUGGGACUUCCCUGAAGAACGAACCCCUGAGCAAGCAGAGGCAGGCAGCUUUCGAAGUCUUAGGUUGUGGCUGAUUUCUGAGGGCUAUGCGGCAGGCCCUGGAGAUGUCUCCCCUGAUUGGUCUCCUGAGCACUGUCCACUGCCAGAGCCAGCUGAGCCUGUCAGUCCUACCUCUGGCCAGACCUCAAUGCGGACACCCCGCACACUGCGAAAGCUGGGCCGCAUCCCUGCUGCCACUGCUGAGGAGCCUUGGGGCCAAGAAGGGCCAGCGCUGUUGUUGUUGUCACGCUUCUCCCAGGCUCCAGACCCAAGUGGGGCUCUGGUGACUGGUCCAGCACUGUGUGGCUUGCUGGCCUAUGUGACUGGUUCUCCAGGACCACCAAGUCCACGUGCACUACGCAUCCUGGCCCGGCUCACCUGUAACCCUUCUUGCCUUGAGGCCUUUGUGCGAAGCUAUGGUGCAGCGCUGCUGCGUGCCUGGUUGAUACUUGGUGUCUCACCAGAGGACUGGCCUGUGCCACGUGCCCGGCCUGCAUGCCGAAGCCAGCACCGGGAGCUGGGUGAGAUGCUGCUGCAGAAUCUGACUGUCCAAGCUGAAUCGCCCUUUGGAGUAGGUGCCCUCACUCACCUGCUGCUCUCCGGGAGUCCUGAGGAUCGUGUAGCCUGUGCACUGACCCUGCCCUUCAUCUGCCGGAAACCCACUCUGUGGCGCCGGCUACUUCUGGAUCAGGGUGGCCUCCGUCUCCUCCUCACAGCACUAUCUCGGCCAGCUCCACACCCACUCUUCCUUUUCUUUGCAGCAGAUUCCCUUUCCUGCCUCCAGAGCCUGGUGUCUCCCACUGUGAGCCCAGCCUUUCCACUUGCCAUACCCUUGGACCUAGACCCACCCUCCCCAUGCCUUUAUGAACCUCUCCUGGGCCCAGCCCCUGUCCCAGCUCCUGAUCUGCACUUCCUUCUGGAUUCAGGCCUACAGCUCCCUGCUCAGCGGGCUGCCUCAAUUGCUGCUUCCUCUUUCUUCCGGGCCUUGCUAUCUGGUAGCUUUGCUGAAGCCCAGAUGGACUUAGUGCCACUGCGAGGCCUGUCCCCUAGUGCAGCCUGGCCUGUCCUACAUCAUCUGCAUGGCUGCCGGGGCUGUGGGGCUGCUCUGGGGCCUAUACCCCCUCCUGGUCAGCCCCUGCUGGGCUCUGAGGCUGAGGAGGCCCUGGAGGCUGCUGGCCGUUUCUUGCUGCCUGGACUGGAGGAGGAGCUGGAAGAGGCUGUUGGCCGCAUCCACUUGGGUCCCCGGGGUGGCCCUGAAUCAGUAGGUGAGGUAUUCCGCCUGGGCCGGCCCCGGCUAGCUGUCCACUGCGCACGCUGGACACUGGGGCCAGGGCAGUGCCCUAGGAAGCGGGCCCUGGCCCUCAUGGGGCUUGUGGAGGCUGCAGGUGAGGAAGCAGGGAAGCUUGUGGAGGCUUUGCUGGCUGUUGUGAUGGGGACUGAGUCAUAGCACAAGUGCCCUAGGCUGUACUGACUUGACAUCCCUGGGAGAGGACCUAAGGUUGGCUGUAAAGGAAGCUUCCAUGGGUGGCAUGAGAGGAGGCUGUGGAGGAGUCUUUCUCAAGGACUGAAGAGAAAAUGGAACGCCAGGAUGAAGGUCUGAAGACCCAUGACUGGAAAGCCAAUUCCAGGCUCUGUGCAUAGGGCCCAAGACGAGAACACGUAGGGUCCUAUGAACCUGGCCCGAUCCAGCCUUGUGGAGUUGAAAUUAAAAACUUGGGACUUGGA